CUUUCACGGAAACUCUUUUUCAAAUUCUUGGCCAUAGACCUAUUACAUCCUAUGAAUCGUUUAACCAUUUUUUAAGGAAAAUUUUUCAGUUUGGCUCUGAUGUUACUUCUUUCUUCCAUUGGCUUCUGGGUUGUCUAACAAGACAGGGUUUUGGAGUCCCAGAAAACCAGAUGAAAUUUUCUCUGUUUUUUUUAUUUGGAACCGAACAUGACAUGUUAUUGUUGACUUUUGUGUUAUUUUUAUCAUAACGUCUUUUGUAUUCAUUAAAAUAUUGCACUUGUGAUUGGUGAGCUUUAUGAUGAGAUACGAUAUGUUUCAGUUCUGGUUUCCCAGUCGUGUCUUCUGGUUCAAUCUCUCUAACCCAAUUCAGCAGUUUCUCUUUCUCUGCAAAGGCUGCAGCUGAAGCUCUGUGAAGAUGUUAGAGAAAGUGGAAGAGUUUAACAUGGAGAGAGUGAUAGAGGAAUUUGAGAGGGUGACAAAGGAUGCUGGGAGGACUCAAAAGGAAACACUGAAAAAGAUUUUGGAAGAUAACGCUUCUGCUGAGUACUUACUGAAUUUGGGUCUGAAUGGGAGGACUGACCCUGAGAGUUUCAAGGCCUUUGUUCCACUGGUCACUCACAAGGACUUGGAGCCUUAUAUCAAUAGAAUACUUGAUGGGGAUACUUCUUCUGUUCUCACUGCCAAACCCAUCACAGCCAUGUCUUUGAGUUCUGGCACUACUCAGGGAAAGCCAAAGUUUGUACCAUGGAAUGAUGAACUGUUUGACACCACAUUGCAAAUAUAUCACACCUCUUUUGCCUUCAGAAACAGGGAAUUUCCCAUCAACAAUGGCAAAGCCUUGGGCUUUGUCUACAGCAGCAAGCAGUUCAAGACCGAAGGGGGUGUGCUAGCAGGAACUGCCACAACCAAUGUGUUUCGCAGUCCAGGGUUCAGGACUGCAAUGAAGGCCGUUCGGUCCCCAUUUUGCAGCCCUGAAGAAGUUAUAUUUGGUCCUGAUUUUCACCAAUCACUGUACUGCCACCUCUUGUGUGGGCUAAUAUUCAGGGAGGAAGUACAGAUGGUGUCUUCCACCUUUGCACACAGCAUUGUGAGUGCUUUUAGGACCUUUGAGCAAGUGUGGGAGGAGCUUUGUGUUGACAUCAAAGAAGGGGUGCUGAACAGCAAGGUCACAGUCCCAUCUGUUAGGACAGCAAUGUCUAAGCUGCUGAAACCUGACCCUGAGCUGGCCAACUUGAUCCACAAUAAGUGCAUGGGACUGAGCAACUGGUAUGGCCUAAUACCAGAGCUUUUCCCCAAUGUUAAGUAUGUUUUUGGCAUCAUGACUGGGUCAAUGGAACCUUAUUUGAAGAAGUUGAGGCAUUAUGCUGGAGAGUUGCCUUUGUUGACUUCUGACUAUGGAUCUUCUGAAGGGUGGAUAGCAACCAAUGUGAAACCAAGAGUGCCACCUGAAUUGGCCACAUACACUGUUCUUCCUCAAAUUGGCUAUUUUGAAUUCAUCCCUCUGAGAGAGCUGGCAGAAACUAAUGGAGAUGGCAGUUUCCUUUGUAUGGAUCCUAAGCCUGUGGGGCUCACUGAUGUGAAAGUUGGCGAGGAGUACGAGAUAGUCAUCACCAAUCCAGCAGGCUUGUACAGGUACCGACUUGGAGAUGUGGUGCAGGUUAUGGGGUUCCAUAACUCAUCUCCAGAAGUGAAGUUUGUUAGGCGCAGCAAUCUUCUGCUUAACAUCAACAUUGACAAGAACACAGAGAAAGAUUUGCAGAUAGCUGUGGAAGCAGCAUCACAGUUGUUGGCAGAGGAGAAAUUAGAAGUUAUAGAUUACACAAGCCACAUAGAUUUGUCCAAAGAGCCAGGCCAUUAUGUGAUAUUCUGGGAAAUCAGUGGAGAAGCAAGUGAAGAAGUGCUUGGUGGAUGCUGCAACUGCAUGGACAAGGCUUUUCUUGAUGCUGGCUACACCAGUUCUCGCAAAGUCAACUGCAUUGGUGCCCUUGAACUCCGACUUGUGAGGAGAGGAACAUUCCAGAUGAUUCUUGAGCAUUACGUGGCACUUGGAUCUGCUGCAAAUCAGUUCAAGACACCAAGAUACGUAGGCCCUACAAACACCAGAGUGUUGCAAAUAUUGAAUGAAAAUGUUGUCAAGAACUAUCUCAGUACUGCCUUCAACUGAAUAAUGAUAAUAAUAAUAAUAGUAAUAGUAAUAGUAAUAAUAAUAAUAACAAUAAUAGCAAUAAAUUAUGAUAAUAAUAUUUAUCAGUGAUAGCUAUCUAUAUAGUUUCCUUUCUCACAUGAAUAAAAGUUUACCUUAUUUCUA